CUAUUACUAUUAUAUUGUGUUCACUUCUUAUUCAUAUGAAACUUUUCCAAGUUCUUCUCAGUUGUACUAUUAUUCUACAAUUCUCAACUCUAGAGUACUCCCGCUUUGGAAAAGUUAUUGAAGUUCAUUUUGAGAUAAUUGAUGUUAAAACUGGACGGCAGGAAUUCCAAUUUUCGAACAAAGCAGAUGCUAGAACUUUCAGACAAAUUGCUCAUGCAAAAGCAUUGAUGAUUCUUUACUGGCAGCAAGUUGCCGAGGCUGAGCACAGAGUUUCAGAAAAUUUAAAUUUAAAAUUAACAGUCAGAUGGAUGAACUGCUCUGUUCUGGAUAUGUACGCAAACCGGCUGCCCAUGGAGAGAUAUACAGUUUCCGAGAAAAAUCGAGAGAUCCAUCUGCUCGAUUUCGAUUGUGUACCUGAUGACCUACGAGCUUGGUGCACUGAGGAUCCCGGUAGGGAUAUCCAUGUUUUAUAUGUUUUGGAGAAGCAGUUUGGACACGUUGUUGAGAUGAAGUUCAUCUGUGAUCCGGCAAUUGUUAAAGACCAAGUUGAAAAUUAUGUUUUAUUGAUUUAUGGAUUCAUUGCAGCUGCUCUUAUUUUGGUAUCACUUUGUGUUGUCAGUAGAGCGCGAAAAAGGCGAAAACCCAACGUUUCAAUAUCGAAUAUCUCGGAGCACAGAGAAAAGGCAAACUUUUUACCUGUUCCGGAGCAUUUUCAGCAAAAACCAGAAGAAAAUGGAAUGAUGGUUUCACGGGUUUUGGAAUCGGAAGUCAGGAUAUCAUGGCCUACAGUUCAAUUUUUCAAGUACGCGGAACAAAGUCAAACGAAUCAAACAGUUAAUGAUGCCGAAAGUUCUAUAUCAACCCCCAAAAGAGAUCAGGAACAAAAUUAAAUUCUGAAAUUUCAAUAAAACAUUCGCAUUUUCCCGAUUCCACUGUCACGUGGAUUCAUCCGGAUCAGUAUAUAAUAUUUCUGCUCACUUAAGUCUCUCCCGAUUUUAACUAAAUUCUUGAUUUUUGAAUUCAUUUUCGAAAUAUUUUCAGAUUUUCCUUCAAAAUGGCAAGAAAUAAAUUUACGAU